AUGGCAGACCCAGACAUCCACGGCACAAAGGAAAUUGAUCCUGAGAUUGCCCAAAAUCCUCGCAUUACAUUCCAAGAUCGUCCUGAUCGCGGACGUGAGGAGCAUGAUGGAAUCCGCCUUGGCCGUACCCUCUCCCGCUCCCUCUCCCGCCGUCGUUCACACUCGAGCUCCCGCAGCCGCAUCCACCCUACCUCGCCCUACUCUGGUGUUCAGAUCGAAUAUCGUACCCUAUCCAUCCAAGUCACCGACGCCAAGCAAGCCGAGCCCGACGCCGAAGACUCCAAGACCCCCAAAACAAAGACUGAUGAGGAUUACUUCUCCAAGCUUCAGUACCAUGAGCUUCAGGCAGAGCAGUUGUGCCAACAGCUCAACGUCAGCCUUGACUCUGGUCUCUCAGAGAGUUCUGCCGCAACCCGUCUUGAGCGCGAUGGCAAGAACGCACUGCCGCAUCCCAAGACCAACUACAUCAAGAGGACUCUCAAGUACAUCUUUGGUGGUUUCUGUUCGGUUCUUUGGGUCGGCGCCAUCAUCUUUUUCCUCUGCUGGCAGCCCCUUAGCAGCCCUCCCUCGAUCCAAAAUCUAUCACUUGCCGUCCUUAUCCUCAUUGUCAUCUUCCUCCAGGCUGGUUUCUCUGCCUUCCAGGAUUGGUCAACCGCCAAGACCAUGAAUGCAAUCCUUGACCUGCUGCCCUCAUUUGCAAUGGUCAAGCGAGACGGAGAGCUCAAGAGUUUGCCCACUGUCGGCCUUGUUGCUGGUGAUGUUAUCCAGCUUCAAGUUGGUGAUAAGGUCCCCGCCGAUCUGCGAAUCGUCAGCCACUCUGGUGACAUCCGCUUCGAUCGCUCUGUUCUCACUGGCGAGGCUGACGAGAUCGAGGGUACUGUGGACUCAACCGAUUCCAACUUUCUCGAGAGCCGCAACAUUGCUUUCAUGGGCACAACUGUCAUGAACGGCAACGGUGUCGGCGUUGUAAUCCUCACUGGUGGCCGGUCAGUCAUGGGCCGCAUUGCAACAUCAACCUCUGGCGUCAAGGACUCCGCCGCUCUGAUCCAGCGCGAAAUCACCCGUUUCGUCCUGAUUAUCGUCUGCAUGACCGUCACUCUCGCUCUUGCAAUUCUCUUCACAUGGGCUGGUUGGUUACGCGUUGAUCAUCCUGACUACAUGAGUGUCCCAGCUAUGCUCGUCAACGUCAUGGCCUGUGUCGUUGCCUUCAUCCCAGAAGGUAUGCCUGUUGCUGUGGCUCUGACUCUCAUGAUGGUUGCUCGUCGCAUGAAGGCCGUCAAUGUCUUACCCAAGGGUCUAUCCACUGUCGAGACAUUGGGUUGUGUGAACGUUAUCUGUUCGGACAAGACAGGAACCCUCACACAGAACAAGAUGUUUGUCAGCUCAGUCGCCUUCGUGGAUAAGAAGUUCGACUCUGCAGAUGACUUCCAAAACUUACUUCGUGAGACUGAAGUCAACCAUGCUGCUACCUCCCUUCAGCAUGCAUCACUUCUAUGCAACGAUGCAUCUUUCGACCCAACUACCGUCCACCUUCCCCUUCAUGAGCGAACUAUCCAGGGCAAUGCAACUGACAGCGCCGUCUUCCGAUUUGCUGCAGCUGGCCCUGACGGAGACAGUUUCAAGAAAACUGCCCCUCGUGUCUUUGAAGUCCCCUUUAACUCCAAGAACAAAUGGAUGCUCACUGUUUUUCAAUCCGUUGACGAGAGAGGAGCUUACCGCGUUAUCAUCAAGGGUGCUCCCGAUAUUCUUCUCUCUGGUUGCACCAAGUACUGGUCCUCCGAGUCCAAUUCUGUCGAAACACUCACUCGCGACGCCCGUAUCAAGUUCCAAGAGAUCCAAGAUGAAGCUUCUCGUCGCGCGGAACGAGUCAUCGUUCUGUGUGAGAAGUUCAUCACUCCUCGAUCAGUAAUUGGUACAAACAGCUUCAGUGAUGAGGUUACACACUCUGCCAUCCAGGACCUUACUGUCGUUGGCAUGCUCGGCAUCAUUGAUCCUCAUCGUCCUGAAAUCCCAGAUACCGUUGAGCAAUGCCGACGUGCUGGAACCCGGUUUUUCAUGGUCACUGGUGACUACGCUCUGACUGCUGCGGCAAUUGCUCGCAACACUGGAAUCUUCUCUUGUCAGCAUGACCCCGACACCAUCGAUUCACUCCACCCUGGUACUCCCUCAAGCAGCGAAAAGGACAAACCCAAGAAGAAGAGGAAGGGAGAUCGGGCCGAGAUCAUCAAGCGAAGUCUGCUCCUGGAAGGAAUCCAUCUCAGCCGAUUAGGACAGGAGGAUUGGGAUGUUGUCUGCGCUUAUGAUGAGAUUGUCUUUGCACGUACUACACCCGAACAGAAGCUUCGCAUCGUUACCGAGCUCCAGGCUCGCGAUAACGUCGUCGCUGUUACUGGUGACGGUGUCAAUGAUGCUCCCGCGCUUCGAGCCGCCGACGUCGGUGUUGCCAUCGUCACUGGUAGCGACGUCGCUAUUGAAGCAGCUGACCUCGUUCUCCUCGAUCGCUUUGACUCCAUUGUUGAUGCUAUGCGCCUCGGUCGUCUCGUGUUCCAGAACCUUCAAAAGGUCAUCUCUUACCUUCUCCCUGCUGGUAGUUGGUCCGAGAUCUGGCCUGUCAUUCUCAAUGUUUGGUUCGGUGUUCCUUUACCCCUGAGCGCAUUCCUCAUGAUCAUCAUUUGUGUUUUCACCGAUCUCUUCCUGAGUCUUUCCCUCAUCAUGGAGAAGGAGGAAUUCGACCUUCUUUCUCUUCCUCCCCGUAACCACAAGCGUGACCACCUCAUCAACGCCAAGAUCUACACGCAGGCGUACCUAUUCACUGGUUUCAUGGAAACGAUCACUGCGCACGCCAUGUUCUUCCUCUACAUGUGGAAGUACGCCAAGAUGCCUGUCUCGGAGCUCUUCUUUCUCUUUGAGGGAUACUCGGAGGGUUACCACGGCUACACCAAGGACGAGCUCAUCAAGUUCAACAACACCGGACAGUGUGUCUACUUCGUGACUCUGGUAUUCCUCCAAUGGGGUAACAUUCUCGCUGUGCGAAACCGCCGCUUGUCUAUCUUCCAGGCCAACCCUCUCAGCAAGGCUCACCGCAACCCCUGGUUAAUCCUCAGCAUGCUUAUCAGUCUGUGCAUUGCCAUCUUUGUCACAGAAGUACCCGGAAUCCAGAACCUGUUCGAUACCGAGUCAGUGCCGAUUGAAUUUUGGCUCAUUCCCAUUCCUCUUGGACUUGGUAUUCUGUUGGUUGAUGAGAUUAGGAAGUAUAUCGUGAGGACAUAUCCUAAAUCUUUUGUAGCUAGGAUUGCGUGGUAA